ACAUACGGAAACAUCCAUCCACCCAUCCAUCCAUCCGAUUAGGCACCUUCACCCACACACCACUGGUCUGUCUAUCUGGCUGUCUAAAUGACGCUCCAGAGACUGUCGACCGUGGCCCCCUCCCUCAGCUCCUCUAUCGCCAAACCCAACUCGGGACUGAACACCGGCUCCCUGCAAGUCAGUCGUCACACGCCACAUGGUUGACACACACGUGUUUCGACGUAAGCAGAAUGGUUGGUUGCUGACUCACUUGGCCUCUGCCGCUUUCUGCCCUUCGGCGUAGUACAGCAGGGAGGGCUCCACAUCCUCACCCGGCACUAUCUGACCCGUGCAUACAACUCCCACGUGUGGAGUGGAUAUACCUGUCUGUCUGUCUGUCUGUCUGGCGUUGUGUUGUGUUGUCAGCCGGUCGCCUACCUUACCUGCACAUCGUCCUCUAAGUUGGGCAUCUUCGGGCCGGUGGGGCCACUCUGACACAGCCAAUACACAAACGAAGAGUGCAGUGGGCUGGGCUUGCUGUCCGUGUGUCUGUCUGUGUGCCUGUCUGUCUGCCUUUGUGUCAGUCACCUUCUCCUCUAUCGAGUACUCAACGCCAAACACAGGGGUCUGCGAAAAUACUGAAUGGAUGAACCAUUACAGCGAACCAAGCGGUGGCAAAGUGAGCGAGAGAGAGAGGGUGCCCUCUCUCCGUGUGUGUGGUCACCUUUGUGCAGGUUGCUGAUCUGCUUGUGCAGCUGGGCGAGCAGCUCUUGUGGGUCGGCGCGGAAACCCAGAAUGUACCCCCCACUCGCCUGCCGCCCCAACACCCUCACACAGUGACAUGACGCAUCUGCUGCCUCCUCUUCACUUCCGCUUUCCUACUUGUGUGGUUUCGAUGACCAGCGCCUCGCCGAACUUGGAGUUGCGCACAGAAAUCGACUUCUGCUCAACGUACACGCGCGCAGAUGCAUAUACUAUGGCUGCACUCUCCUCCCCAUGUAGUACCAUCUGCAGAUAAGGGACGGAUACGUUGAAGUUCUCGGCGAGGUUGGCAAACCAGACCACGCGCACCUGAGCAGGCCGACCGACAGUAUGCCCAUUAUGUGCUUCCGUGAGUACAGACGUCAUGCACUAGCUACGUUUGAGAUGCAGAAGGUGCCGAGGUUGCCCUGGUCGGACGAGAGAUUCCAAAUGCCCGUCACCUGCAGUGCAGGCAAAGAGAUACAUACACAGAUGAUGGGGGAUCCUGGGUACAUACGUCAAUGCACUCGACAGCUCGUCCGUCCUUGCCGCUCUGACCUUGUCAUAUAGGUGUUCGAGCGGCAGCAUCACCAACUCCCUGUCCUGAAUUAUCGCACCCCUGACAUACCCACACAUACCACACGCACAUCCAUCACAACAGACAGACCCUCAUGGCAAGGCAGUCACCUCAACUUCAGGUCCCGGUACAGCCGCGAUGUUUCAUACGCCCUGAAAGAGCAGCAGCACACACACCACACACACAGGCAGGCACGCAGUGGCAUUCACAGCUCUGCAGCGAGGUCAGAUCUCCCUCCUCGGUCCGCCCACCUGUGCACGGCGAGUAUGGUGGUGAAUAGCCUCGGCGAGUUGCGGACGAGGGACGUGAAGAUGAACUCGAAUCGCGUGCCGCUGUGCUUGGUCAUCAGGAACAGCGCCUGUGUCGGGCCCUUGAGCUUUGACACCACCUGACGUACACAAGCGAAACAAGCGUUUCUGUGGGAGGUGCGGGGACGAUCAUUCAUUCAUUCAUUCAUUGAUUCAUUUGUUCACCGUCAGACCUGCCUGAUGUUGACCGAUGUGAUGCAGUUGAGGCCGAUGGAGAGGUUGGUGCGCAGGUUCUUGGCUGCCGUCCAUAUCACACGCAGAUUGGUCACCAGCAUCAUGCCCCUCUCGCCAUUGUUGCCCUGAACGAAGGAACAAACCAACAGAUGACCACACGCAUCCAUGGACGCGUCCAUUGUCGAUGCGCCCAUUGCUCUCUAAGGUUCUCUGUGGCACCUUUGUGUCCUCGAUGGCGUUCAUGGAGUCGAUUUGUGUUUCUCCCGCCCUGAGCCUCAGCAGCUGCGGAGGCUGGUCAAACUUGAUCUCACGGUCUUGCCACACGCACAACUCCUCCAUCAUCGGUCCUUUUUUCGCACCGUCCC